AUGGCCAGCAACAGCACCAACUCCACCGGAGGAGACAUCGUCGACGACUUGUUGAACGGUAAUCCCGGAGCAGCGCAAGACUCGAGUGGGAUAGCGACUAAGGCCUUCUUCCUCAACCUCGCGUUUGCGUUUGGCCUAUUCGCUUUCCAACUCACUGGCUUCUUCUUACUGAAGAGUUCGGGCCUCGGACGGCGCAUCUACCAGCCCAAGACAUAUCUGGUGCAGGACCGGCUGCGUGUCGAAGCGAUACCUGUGAGCCCGCUGAAAUGGAUCAAGAGGAUCUUCGCGAUCGAAGGCGAGGAGUUGAAGCUCAAGUGUGGGCUGGAUGGCUACUUCGCGAUUCGCUUCCUGCGGGCGAUGGUCGUCAUCUUCUUGCCGUUGAUGGCGAUCGUCAUUACCGUACUGCUGCCAGUCAACUAUAAUGGUGGCGUGGACGAGCGCACAAUCAAUGUCAACGGCGAGCUUACGAGAUUCAACGUCACCGGUCUCGACACUCUUUCCUGGACGAAUGUGGCGCCCGCACAAGCGAACAGGUACUGGGCGCAUUUGGUCUGCGCACUGCUGGUCAUCUCUUGGACGCUGUAUCGUGUCUACCGCGAGAAACUGCAUUUCACUACAGUCCGACAGCAGUACCUUACAUCUCCCGAGCACCGACUGAAAGCCUCUGCAAGGACAAUUCUGGUUACGAAUAUCCCGAGCGAGUACCAGAGCGAAGAGAAACUCAAGGCGCUCUUUGACGUUUUCGUGUGGAAUGAUGAUCGAAGUCGACUGCAUGUUUGGGUCAACCGCGACUAUCGGGAUUUGAGAGCGCUGGUCAAUUUGCGGCACAAACUCACUCAUCAGCUGGAAAAGGAGGAGCUGUCGAUUCUGCGACGAGUCAACAAGAAGUAUCUGAAGAAUGGUCGAAAGGAAGCCGGCGAGAAGAGGUCGCCACCAACGUCUUCUGACACGAACGCCACAGCAGCCGGCACCGAAGUCGAAGGUGGUACGGCUCGUAGGCGGGUGGCACCAGCAUCUCUGAAUGAAGGUGUUGACGACAACGAGGAUGAUGCGAAGCAGGAUCAGCGCAUCGCUGAGGCUUUUGAAGCCGACUGUCAGGACGACAAGCAGCUGUGGCACAACUACCUGGAGGACUCCGAGCAGUCCACUGUUAACGUCAUUAAGCAAGACGAUGGCAGCCUGAUAAGCGUUCCGUGGUGGAAGUUCUGGCUCCGAAGCACUGACAUAGUCCCCAAGAUCGCAUACCUCCGAGCUGAAAUCGCACACGUCACGCCCCUGAUUGAGAACAUGCUCCAGAACCUUGACAAGGAGGCCCUCUUCAAGCGCCAGAACUCCGCCUUCAUCCAAUUUGAUCGACAGAUGUCCGCGAAUAUGGCCUGCGCUUUGGUCGCACAUCACAAACCUGGCUGCAUGGCUCCACGCUUCCUUCAUGUGGCCCCUCAUGAGAUCAUCUGGCCGAACAUGGGACUCACCAGCUUCGGACGCUUUCGGAGGAAGUGCAUUUGCUUCAUUCUUUUCGCCGGGAUGCUGUUUCUGUGGGGUAUACCUACGACUUUUCUCGGGAUACUGUCCCAGCUACAGUCGUUGCGUGAGGAUACGAGUUACCUUAAGUGGCUAAAGCCGUGGCCUUCAUGGUUGAUAUCUCUGAUCUCAGGUCCGCUCUCGGCCCUCCUCCUGGCUUUACUUAUUCAGCUGGUCGUGCCCGCCCUGUGCCGUAAGCUGGCUGUGAACAUGGGCACGCCAACAAGGAGCCGGCGGGAGGUCGUCACCCAGAGCUUCUAUUUCGUCUUCCUCUUCAUCGAACUCGUCCUGGUGACCUCGAUAUCCUCUGGAUUCAUUGCAGUUAUUGGCUCAAUUCUCGACAACCCCGUCAGCAUUGUGACUACGCUGGCGAAAGAUCUUCCGAAGGCCGCCAACUACUUCUUCAACUACCUAACCAUUCAGGCGCUGGGCUUCAGUGGUAGUGUACUGUUUCAGUACCUGCGUCUGCUUUUCAUUACGUUUAUUUGGCCUUUUCAUACGCAGACGCCGAGGAAGGAGGUGUGGCUUCAGACGACCAUUCCGCAUCAGAUGUGGGCCAACGUCUUCUCCAUGUGGACCAACUUUGCAGUCAUCGGUCUGAUCUACUCCGUCAUCGCGCCCCUGGUGCUCGUCUUCAUUUCAGCAGUCUUCUGCCUCUUCUGGAUAGCAUACCGGCACAACUAUUACUAUGUACAGCGCAACAAAGUCGACACUCAUGGGCUGCUGUUCGAGCAGGCCUUUUCUCAGCUCCUGUUGGGGGUGUACGUCUUAGAGAUAGCACUCAUCGGGCUGUUCUUCCUCGUUAGGAAUGCUCAGGGUCAGGUUGCUUGCACCCCACAAGCAAUCAUCAUGAUUAUCGUACUUUGUUUGACGGCGAUCUACAACUACAGCCUCGAACGGGUCAUGGCGCCUCUAAGGGAGCUGGUGCCGGUGACGCUGGAAGACACUGCAGCAGAGGCUGAGCAACGUUUCCUUACUGAUGGAGCCAACAGGCUGAGUACUGAGGUUACUCAGGGUGGCGUUGAUGGAGCUGAUGAUGGGGACGACUCGUCAGGCCCGGCGUCCGCAGCCGAAAAGCCUGGGACUUCCGUGAGGUCUGGCACGCAGCCGAAGACGUCAAAGAAGGCGCAGCAUGAUCGCGCAAAGGCCAUGGCAGCAACGGCGGCCAACGCGAGAAAGACGUUCUCGCGGCUUUCCAACAAGAUCGAUGCUCGUUUGAUCGACAACCAGCUGAAUGCAGCACGGCAAGCCGGUACUUCUCGAAAGAGGAUGCUUGAGGCUGCAGAUCAGCUAGGCAAAGCUAUCGCUCGGUAUCCGGACGAGCUGAUCGAUCUCACUCCACAAGAGCGCCACGCCGAGCUCAGAGCUGCAUAUCAAGACCCAGUCACGAGAGAACCGCAGCCUGUGGUCUGGAUACCUGAAGACCCCGCUGGGAUAUCAGAGGACAGCGUCGAGCAGUCGAAGAAGUAUGGCAGGGCUCUGAGAUACAGUAAUGCGGGUGCGUACUUGACGAAGGAGGGCAAGUGCAAUGUCACGCAGCUUACGCCGGAUGUGAGGAGUGAUUGGUUGUUGGAUUGGGUGCUGUGA